UGAGAGGCCGGCACUAUCUGACACCGUUUUCGCAUUUUCAUAUAGGAGGCGUGCGGCGACGUCUUAACCAAAAAGAAGCUUGACCCGCAUCGGAAUCGCUGUCGCGGUGCCACUUUCACCUGCAUCGAUUGCAUGGUGACAUUUCCCGGCAUAGAAUACCGCUGGCAUACGAGUUGCAUGACUGAGGACCAAAAGUACCAAGGCGCCCUCUACCGCGACAAGAAGAGUAACACCAAACCAGCGCCGGCCGCCACUAGUAGCAGCCACCCGGUGCCGAACGCUAUGGUUCAGGCAGCUUAUGUCGAGGACGUCGCGGAGGAUCAAAACUCCUGGCGCGAUUAUGAGCAACGAAGCGAUGACGACGAUCGGUCCCCCGUCGACCUUCUUCCAGAGGCUCCUACCCCUCCCUCAGCCGUCGAUGCCGAGGGAAAUGUCAAUGUGUUUGACUUCCUCGUCGCGAAUCCAACACCAACCGCUUCCCAGGUUAACCUACCAGCCACUGCGCCGAUCCAGCUGAGCGAGGACACACAGCUGGUACGCUUCGAUCCAGAGGCGAACGGCAUGGGCGAUUCCCUUGGAGACGACUGUGCGAUGGUUCAAUACGGCAAUGGCCCAGUGCCAGCUCACUUCGAUACGCCGGCGCCGAAGGCGGCAAGGAAAAAGGCGAAGGACGGGGAUAAGGAAACCAAAAAGGGCAAGAAGCGGAAGGGGUUACACAUCGAGACAGAUCAUAUCAUGACCGAUGCGCCGCCGGUGCUACACUCCGGGUUGACGGGUGGUAUUGACCGGUUGAUGUCUCGACACACAGUCUUUCCGCCGUCGCCCGAUUACUCCGGCGUGGACGUAGCGGAGACACCAGCCAGCCCCCUCAAGAAGACUAAGUCGAAGCACCCCAAAUCCAGCCGACCGGCCGAGGCAAUCAGCAACAGCCUGAUGGCUAUGAUCUCGGCAGGCUCCAAGCCCAAGCCCUCCUCCAAAAAGCGCACCAAGACGAAGCCGAGCUCAAGUCCAUCGAAACCCAAAAAGAAGCACAGCACCAAGUCCCUCGAAGCUCCCAAGGAACCAAAACUGCUCGAGUUCAGACCGGAAUCCAAGGACGGCAAGGGGGAGAAUGGCACGCUGGUGGUGUACAAGCCUCGGGCAGAGCACUUCCUCAGCUUUGUCAACAAAGGUCCCGAGAGUGCGCGCGGAUGCAGUCUCAACAAGGCCCUCAAGCGAUAUCAUCGCGAGAGGAGUGCCUCUGGGACGGCCUUGAACAAGCUGACGGAGGAGAAAGAGUUGUUCAGGUCGCUGCGUAUGAAGAGGAAUGAACGUGGUGAGAUUGUACUCUUUUGUAUCGAUGAUUGAGUGGCACGGUGGGAAGGGUACUGGCAGGCAUCAUGGGAAGGAGCAUCUCAUCAGCGAAGGCGGGUAGCGGUGGAUACAUCGGCGGUAACUAAUGAUGUGGCAUGUGGCAUAUUCUUCUAUUCUUUCUCUUUUUCUCAUGAUACCUUUGUCGUCUCUGGGCCCUGGGCAUAUGCGGGCACAAGGUUUUUUGG